CGUCAAGAGAGCGACUUCUGACGUCACUUCCUUUGUUUGUUGUGCUUGGGUUCCUGCCAAACUAUCGCGGAUCAGACGACCCCUUAAUCAAGAGCCUUUAAUGGAGUUUCGGCCUCGUCAAGCUGUGUGGUUUGUCCCUUUUGCAAAGUUCCUGUUUUUACAAGAACAGCUCAGCAAAGCCGAAGUUAUGAUUUACAUCUCAGCAUUUCACAUUAUUCUUCAUUUUCUCAAAUAUAAUCGACAGAAUAGCUCGGGUUUUGCCAAUUCUUCCAGAAGCCUGGGGUUGCUCAGUCACCACAGAGGCAUCCACAGUGUUCCCAGCCUGGUGAUAGAGUCUUGCUCUUGUCACCCUGGCUGGAGUGUAAUGGCGUGGUCUUGGCUCACUGCAACCUCUGCCUCCCGGGUUCAAGUGAUUCUCCUGCCUCAGCCUCCCAAGUAGCUGGGAUUACAGGUGCACUCCCACAUGCCCAGCUAAUUUUUGUAAUUUAAGUAGAGAUGUGUUUUCGCCUUGUUGGCUGGGCUGGUCUAGAACUCCUGACCUCAGGUGAUUUGCCCACCUCAGCCUCCGAAAGUGCUGGGAUUACAGGUGUGAGUCACCGCGCCCGGCCUGUUCACCAUUUUCAAGACAUGAAAUAUUUCUUGAACACAAGUAAAUAUCCAAGGACUUCCUGUCUAAGGAUCUGCUACCUUCCAGAGGCAAGCUGGACUCUUAAGACCCAGCAACAUCCCUCUGCUACCCUGGCUAUGCCAGUCUCCCCUCUCUUACCACUGUUCCCUCCCUCCUUUCACGACCCCCUCAAGGAAUCAGAGGACACACCCUGGAGGUGGCUGUGUCCAAGAAGCUGUGGCUUUCUACCCUGCCACAUCCUCCUCCAAGGGAAGAGAGCUUUGGUACCUACUUAGAAUGGGGUUUAAAAAUACAGUUAGAACAGGAACUACUCAACCAAUUAACCAUCUACAGUCUCUUCAGUUCCUCCCUAUUACUAGUUACAAGUUCCUAAGCAUUGCCCCUUACAGCUUUUCAUCGACUUCUGCUAUGGUUUGAAUGUUGGUUCACUCUAAAACUCAUGUUAUAAUUGGUUACCAUUAUGGAGGUGUUGGGAGGUUGAACCUUUGGGAGGUGAUUGGACCAUCAGGGCUCCACUCUCGUGAGUGGGAUUAAUGCUAUGAUAAAAGGGCGAGUUUGGCCUUCUUUUAUCUUAGCCCUUUUGCCAAGACAUGUCAUAUGAGGACUCAGCCUUUCUCCCUCCAGAGGAUGCAGAUUGCAAGGCACCAUCUUGGAAAAAGUGAAUGGCCUCACCAGACACCCAGCCUGCUGGCACCUUGAUCUUAUACUUUCCAGCCUGCAGAACUGUGAGCUAAUAUAUAUUUCUGUUCUCUUUGAAAUACUCAGUCUCAGGUAUUCUGUAGUAGCAUAAAAUGGACUAUGACAACUUCCCUGCCUCAGCCUCCUUGCUGGUCUCCCUGAAAGUCCAUCUUCCACAGAUGCGGUGCAAUCUUUCUAAAAUGGAAAUUAGGUUAUAUCUCUGCCAUAGCUCCCCACAGCUCUCAGCUCAAACAGCUGAGCAUAGCCUGGCUCCUGCAUGCUUCCCCAGCCUUAGCACCCAAGCCCAAUGUCACCCAACUCAGCUCUCUGGGAUGUUUCAGCCACUUCUGCCUGGGAUACCCUCCUCCCCAACUUGCCCCUUUUCCUGCUAACUCCUACUUGUAAAUUAAGGUUAAGCUGGUGAAAACCAUAUCUUAUGUGCUUUGCCAUGCAAGGCAACAGGAAAGACCCAAGACCACCUGAGAAGUCUUCUUCCCAAAAAGCCAAACCUGAAUGUCAUCAAACCCUUGGCUGUAACUACCAGUUCACAGGAAAUAUGGCGGACAGAGGAAUAUGUUAAAUGGCACCACCAGGAAGGAAUCAGCCAAAUUCUUCAGAAUGUGGGAAAUUCAUAGGACAAAGAACAAGGGAAGUUCUGGCACAUCGCUGACCUGCACCUUGACCCUGACUACAAGGUAUCCAAAGACCCCUUCCAGGUGUGCCCAUCAGCCGGAUCCCAGCCAGUGCCCAAUGCAGGCCCUUGGGGUGACUACCUCUGCGAUUCUCCCUGGGCCCUCAUCAACUCCUCCAUCUAUGCCAUGAAGGAGAUCAACCCGGAGCCAGACUUCAUUCUCUGGACUGGCGACAACACACCUCACGUGCCCGACAAGAAACUGGGGGAGGCAGCUGUACUAGAAAUUGUGGAACGCCUGACCAAGCUCAUCAGAGAGGUCUUUCCAGAUACUAAUGUCUAUGCUGCUUUAGGAAAUCACGAUUUUCACCCCAAAAACCAGUUUCCAGUUGGAAGUAACAAGAUCUACAAUCAGAUAGCAGAACUAUGGAAACCCUGGCUUAGUAACGAGUCCAUCGCUCUCUUCAAAAAAGGUGCCUUCUACUCUGAGAAGCUGCCGGGUCCCAGCAGGUCUGGGCGAAUCGUGGUCCUCAACACCAAUCUAUACUACACCAGCAACGCGCUGACAGCGGACAUGGCGGACCCUGGCCAGCAGUUCCAGUGGCUGGAAGAUGUGUUGACCAAUGCAUCCAAAGCUGGGGACAUGGUGUACAUUGUUGGCCAUGUGCCCCCAGGGUUCUUCGAAAAGACGGAAAACAAGGCAUGGUUCUGGAAGGGCUUCAACGAGAAGUACCUGAAAGUGGUGCGGAAGCAUCAUCGUGUCAUAGCAGGGCAGUUCUUUGGACACCACCACACCGACAGCUUUCGGAUGCUCUAUGAUGACGCAGGUGCCCCCAUAAGCGCCAUGUUCAUCACACCUGGAGUCACCCCAUGGAAAACUACAUUACCUGGAGUGGUCAAUGGGGCCAACAAUCCAGCCAUCCGGGUAUUCGAAUAUGACCAAGCCACACUGAGCCUGAAGGACAUGGUGACUUACUUUGUGAACCUGAGCCAGGCGAAUGCUCUGGGGAAGCCGCGCUGGGAGCUCGAGUACCGGCUGACGGAGGCUUUCGGGGUGCCGGACGCCAGCGCCCGCUCCAUGGAGGCAGUGCUGGAUCACAUUGCUGGCGACCAGGGCGCACUGCAGCGCUACUAUGCCUACAACUCGGUCAGCUACGAUGCUGGGAUCUGCGACGAGGCCUGCAGCACGCAGCAUGUGUGUGCCAUGCGCCAGGUGGACUUCAAUGCCUACACUGCCUGCCUGUACGCCUCGGGUGCCGACCCCAUGCCCCAGUUCCUGCUGCUGCUGCUGCUGGCGGCUCUGCUGGUCCUGUGCACGCUAGCGCUGUGACCCACCGGGCUCAUCUUCCUCCUGGUAAUGGGUAACGGGGGUAGCGCCCAGGACCAUCCAGAGCUGGGCUUUCUGCCAUUUCCUCCGUGCCUGCGGAGUGAACUUAAAUAGGACAACGGAUCGGGGUGAAGCCCCAGGAGCCUGCAGUGAUCCGUGAUCGCGCCAGUGCACUCCAGCCUGGACGACAGAACCAGACCCUCUCCAAAAACAAACCAGAAACAGAAAUGAAGUCCCCAGACCCCCCCUAGAAGCACAUUUCUUUUGUGUUUUAUGUUUUAUUCACAAAACAAAGCUCGUGGUAGGUUUGA